CUCCAGAAGUCGCUUAAGUCUCUACCCAAGACAUUGGAGGAGACGUACGCCCGAAUUUUGGCCAGCAUUGAUGGAAAUUACCGAGAUUACGCAAUAAGGCUUCUGCAGUUCAUUACUUAUUCGAAACGGCCGUUGACAAUCCAAGAAGCUGUUGAUGUUCUAGUAGUUUAUUUG